AAAACACAGAGAGAACCAAAGCCAACCAUGUCAAACCGCGAAGACGACGACGACCUCGACCUCCUCCUCUCCUUGCAAGACAGGGUUCCGGAAACCCCACCUGCCUCUCCUUCACGUUCUCCUGAUGCAAGGUACCUUUCCGACGAGGAUGAAUUGCCCCGAAGAAAAGUUCCGGCGGACAUGUCUGUAUUCAGGGAUGCUGUUCAGGACUGCCUCGAUUACGAUCACAAGUCGGCACAGAAGACCGUCAAAUUGAAGCAGACCAGUUCUUCCAAUGAUUCCGAGGUUGAUAAAUAUUCAGGCUUGCGAAUAAGGAAGCAGUUGCUGACUCCUUCAGAGCUCAAGGAUCGGUUUUCAGACAUACGUUUUGUUCGGUUGCCCAACAUAAAGAACUAUCUGGUUGGGGAAACUCUUUCAGGAUGUUGGGCAACUGUUGGAGUGUUGACAGAGAAGGGGACUAAAAGAACUAGUUCCACGGGGAAGAGCUAUUCAAUAUACAAAUUCGGGUGUUUGGAUGAAGAUACUGUUUCUGUUUUCUUGUUUGGUGAUGCUUAUGAGAAAAACUGCAAUGAGAAGGCUGGAAUGGUGUUCGCACUGUUUAAUUGUAGCGUACGCAAGGAUGCUCAGGGUGCUGGUUUUUCUUUGAGUGUGUUUUCAGCCAAUCAUAUUGUGAAGAUAGGAAAUUCAGUUGAUUAUGGAGUUUGCAGAGGGAAAAGGAAGGAUGGAAUGGCUUGCACUUUAGUCAUAAACAAGCGCAAGGGGGUAUACUGUAAAUUUCAUAGAUCGAAAGAAUCACAGAAGUAUUCUACUUUGCGGACUGAGCUCAAGGGAGGGAAUUUGAGAACAGGAUUUCGGAAUCCCUACCAGCCCGAAGGAGUUUUUAUGGUCGAUCCUCUGGCUGACAGAACAAACUUGAAGAAGCGUAAGCAACCAGUGAAGCUAUUGUCUGUGGAAGGGCUUAAAAAGGCAUUAAGUAAAGCAGAUAAAGUGACUACAAAUACACAUUCUCAGGGAUUAAGGUUUCUGGCCAAGGUCACAGGAAUGACAGAUCCAAAUGAUGUGAUUAAAGGGACAGCGAUGCAAAAGAAACAAAUGUCCAGCUUAGAGAAGAGGAAAUUGUCUACCACAAGCAUGGGUACAUCUGCAGUCAUCAAAGACCAGCAAUUAGGUGCAAAAAGAAUGAAAAAUGGAAAGGACAAUAGUCUAGCAGACAAAUCUAAGCAGGCCACGGGAAAGAUGAUUGAAUUGGACUGCUAUAUUAGUUCGGAUGAAGAAUUGUGAGCCUUGUAUACAUUAUUUCUGAACAUCUUGGCCAAAUCAAAACUGAAUUCUGAUUCUGGACUCUGAAGGGUAAUUAUGACUGAACUUAUAUAUCCACUUCCUAUUCUAAACCGGGUCUGAUAGUUGAGUAACCGGAGUCCUAUCAGAGAAGCCUGCUCCUAGUUUGAAGUUUCCAAAAGACUGAGAAGACCAAGUAACUUAAGAUGCCAUAUUUAUGAUGCAACACUGCCAACUACUUGCACCAUCAUGGAAAGAGUUGAGUGUCUGACUUUGCCUCAAUCAAAAUUUUGUAAGAUUUUCUUCCCAAACAAAAUGCUGAACUCUCAUUAAACUGCUUUAUAAUUAUAGAGUAUGUGUUAUAAGCUGCUAUUUCUUUUUUUUUUUUGUUUAUUUGUUGUAACAUUUUAUGGUCAGAUACACAUUGACACAUUAAUGGGGAAGCUGUUUAUCUGUU